AUGGAAGAUACAGAAGGAGUCAAAGAGGUCGUGGAUGAGGACAUGGAAGAGGAUUUCUACAUGGACAAGGAAGAGGAUGUGGCCAAUAGAGGGAGGAAAAUCAAAAAGAUGAAAGAUUGUACGAGACAAAAAAUUCAAGACGUCGUGGAAGAGGAAGAUAUAUUCCAAGCCUCCUUACCUGCUGAUUCUCCUUGGGCUCUAACGGGUGACUUUAAUGUUUGCCUCAAGCUUGAUGAAGCUAGUAAUAAUCCUAAUAUCAUUACGACUGCUAUGAGGGAAUUUAGAGAUAUUGUGGAUACUUUGGAUAUCUUUGAUCUGAAUUUUUCAGGGAAAUUCUACACUUGGUGGGAUAGUAAUCUCAGCUCUCCAAUCUUUAAGAAGCUGGACAGAGUCCUCGUCAAUGCGAACUGGCCUGAUGUUUUUCCUCUCUCUCGAGCUCAAUUUUUCUCUCGAGGCUUAUCUGAUCAUAGUCCUGUAAUGACUUACCUUGGAGUUGAGGCCCCUAAGCUGUUCAAACCAUUUCAGGUUUUCCAACAUAUCAUUGAGAAUCCCAGUUUUCUACACACUGUGGACAGUGCUUGGUGUGAACCGAUUCAUGGUGAUCCAUGGUUUAUUUUAUCAAUGAAACUAAAAAGAGUAAAAACUGCUCUAAAACAGCUCAAUCACUCUAGUGGAAAUCUUCAUGAAGCUGUUCUCUCCGCCAGAAAUGCUCUUUUCACUUACCAGGAACAUCUUCCUGCCAACCCAUCAGCUGCUGCUAUGAAUAUCGAGGAGGAUCUGUGCUCUGCCUAUUCUAAAGCUCUAGCCCUCAGAGGAAAUUUUCUUAAAACAAAAAUCUAG